AGUCAAUGACCAAAACAUUUGAUUUAGAACACCUACGUACACAAAAAUCAAAUUAAAAGUAUGGAUUAAAAGCAAGAAACAAACGAAACGAUGACGCAACCGGAAUUUUGACAUUAGAUGUCAUUUUAUUAUUGUAAGCAAGAAAAGAAAAUUCAGAAAAUUACGAAUUCGAAUUGUGUCUUUUAAUUUGUCAUGAAAACUGAAAACCGCUGAAUUUUGAAGAAGUGCAUCCUUAAAUCGAUAAUUCGAAAGAAGAGAAGUAGACUACAAUAAAGAACUACAUAUUUGUAGAUAAGAAGUACAGAACAAACUAGUUACAGCUGGAUCGUCGAAUCGAGGCCAGCGAGAAAAGAAGAGACGGCUAUAUUCUCUAUACUGCUCGAACUCAUUUAACGCCCCACGACAAAAUGGCGGUUGUUGCCGUCCGCGCGGAAAUCGCGCACGCUUGUGCAUUCGAUCACCUUCUCUCUUCCGAGAUACUGCAAUUACUGUGGUUCGAAAGCGUAUAACCUGAUCAUACUCAAAAGUGGACACCUGCUAAACUUCUCAAUGCUGAAAGAUAAUCUGCGCGUAAAAAGUGUAUGGAAAUGUUGAAUAAUGCAACUAAUGGCAGACACUGACACAGAAAUAAGUGUUCAAACGAAGAUGUCAACCAUUCAGCAAGAGUCUCUGAGUGAAAAAUUUAUUAAUACUAGCUUAAUUCAAAGUGCACGUAUUGAUAACAUUACUGACGAAUGUGUAAAAAAUCAAGAAAUUGAAGUUGAUGCAAAUGUUGACGCAGUUGAUCAAGCUAUUCAGUCUAUUGCAACAAACCAGAUACCUAUUUUGAAUCAAAAAAGUAAUGAUAAUUUUGAAGACCUUAAAAUACGUGAUAAACAAUCUACAGAAAAUAAUGAAAACGAUAAAAAAGAUUUCCAAGAAACAGUAAAUAGUCAGAUAACAAUUAAAUUACAUAUACCAGUUGAAGAAAAAAUAGAGAUAGGAUUCUGUAAUGUAGAACAUAAAAAUAAUAGUGAGAUUAAGAAUAAGAACAAGCUAGAAAAUAAACAGAAUUGUGAGUUGGAUAAAGAUGUACUAAGCAACAGACUGUUAGAAAAUAAAAUAGAGAAUGAGGAACAAGUAAAAGCGAAUACUGAGAAAGACAAUGUUGAGACACAACAUGAUGUGAACAUCAGUAUGAGGAAAAUUAAAAUUGACAAUCUUGUUAAUAGUGAUAUUGAAGAUACAGUUGAGGACCAAUUUGUAGUAACUAAUGAAAUGGAAAACAAAACUGAAAAACAAAAUCAGGAAAAUAUUGAGGUGGAUAUUACAAUUGAUGAACAGGAUAAGAUGAACAACAUCGUAAAAGUAGAUACAAUUGAUGAACAAGUUGAAGUGACCGAUGUAGAAGCAGAAGAUAGAAUUGAAAACCAAAGUGGAGUAGAAGUGACCAAUGAAACAGAAUAUAAUAAUAAAAAACAAAAUCAGGAAAAUAUUGAGAUGGAUAUUACUAAUGAAGAACAGGAUAAGGUGAACAUCCAUAUAAUAGCAGAUAAAAUUGAAAUGACCCAUAAAAUGGAAGAUAAAAGUGCAAAUCAAAAGGAAAUUGAAGUGAAUAAUAAAACAAAAGAAAAAAUUGUAAACAAAGAAAGUGUUGAGGUGGAUGUUACGAUUAAAGAACAGGAUAAGAUUAACAUAACUAUAACAGCAGAUGAUAAAGUUGAGCAACUAAAUGAAGUGACCCAUAAAAUAGAAAACAAAAUUGAAAAACCUAGUCAAGAAAAUAUUAACAUUGAUGUUACAAUGGAAGAGCAGGAUAAGAUUAACAUCAAUAUAACUGCAGAUAAAAUUAAGGAACUAGUUGAAGAGACCCAUGAAUGUAGAGAAAAAAUAGGAAACGAAACUGCGGAAAAUAUGGAAUUGGAUAUUAUAAUUGAAGAACAGGGUAAAGAUGACAACGGUGUCAGUAGUACAGCAGAUAAAUGUGUGGGAAAAAUCGAUAUGACCCAUGAAAUAAAAGAUAAAACUGAGAUACAAAGUGAGGAGAAUAUCGAGAUGGAUGUUGCAAUUGACGAAAAGAAUAAAGUUACCAGCAGUGUAACAGAAGAUAAAAUUAAGGAAGAUGUUAAAUUGAAUAAUGCGAUUGAGGAUCAAGUUAAAGAAGACCAAACUGAGCAAGGAAAAGAGGACGAUAGUGAAAUGGAUGUUACAUUUGAAAAACACUCCAAAAUUAACGCUAAUGUUACAAACGAUAAAAUUCAGGAAGGAAAUGAAAAAAUUAGUGUGAUGGACGUUUCAUUUGAAGAACGGGAUGAAGUUAACAAUAGUGUUAUAGAAGAUAUAGUAAAAGUUGAUAAUUUGAUGGAGAAUACUAUUGACGAUCAAGUUAAAGUAACCAGCGAAAUAGAAAAUGAAAUUGAGCCAGGAAACAGAGAGAAUAGUGAAAUGGAUGUUACAUUUGAAGUACAAGAUAACGUGAACACUAAUGUAACAGAAAAAAAAAUUGAGGAAUUACAUUCAGAAAAGGGAAGUAUGCUUGAAAAAGUAAAAUAUGAGCUGGAGGCACCAGAAUAUUCAAACAACAGUGCGAAAGAAAAUAAAACUGAGGCACAAUCUAAUGAUCAUAAUGAGAAAGUUAUGUUCGAUAAAUUAUGCGAGGAUAAAAGUUCGAUACAAGACAAAUUUGAAGAACAGCAAAAUGAAAUUAGUGCCAUAAUCAAUAAACUUGAGCAAGAAGAGGAGGGAAGACAAGUCAAAGAUAACGUUAUAGAACAAAUUCAAAUUAACAGUGAUAUUGAAGACAGGCAAAAUGCCCAAAUAAGUAUACCAAAAGACAUAAUCGCAAACCUUGAUGAAGGAAGUGCGGAUAACUGUAAAAUAAAUCAACUUAAAAAUAACCCGCAAGCUCCACCUGUAAAUUCUGAAAAAACAAUUGACAAGAAUAGACUAGAUGACAUAACAAACAUUACUCAUGAUGUAGCUCAAAAAAAUAGCCAGUCUGAAGAAAUAAGCCAGGCAAUUGGCAAACACAAAAAUGAGAGUGAAAGAAUGUCAGAAAAUGUACACAAUACAACCAAAAUUGAUGCUAAAAAUAUGAUUGAAAAUACAGAACAGGUACUAGAGAUACAAGAUAGUAAUGAAGAAAGGAGAUCAAACACGAUCAAGAACAAUACUGAAUCUGCAAUUACCCAAAUGGAUACUGAUGAGGUAAUUGACAUAGCUGAUGAAAAAGAUGAAGACGAUGAAAAGGAACCUAUAAAUAUAGAAAAAAUUGAUACUUCAGUAAGAAAAGCAGAAAGUGAGUUGAAAAACGAUAUCCAAGAAAAUAAAAGCAUUUCUAAUGAUGAAGUAGCUGCUGAAACAGAUGAGAAAAAGAAAAAGCUUAAACAUAUAUCUAAACUGUCCAACACACUAGACAUUUUGUCAGAUGAGGAGGAAAAUUUACCUAAAGAAGAACUUCAAAAGAAAAAAUCUAGUGAUAAAGAAUGUACGAGUAUAAACAUCGAUGAUGAUGAUGAUAUUAUGCUGAUUGAUGAAGAAUCAAGUCCUAAGGAUGAGAAAAAUAAAACUGAAAGUAAACCUGAACCGGAAAAUGAGGUCCUUAAGCAAGAGAGUGUAGUAGAAUUAAAAGAUAAAGAACAGCUUUCUCCAAUAUCCGAUAGCAGAAAAGACACAAUACAAGCAGAAGUGGCUGCCCCAAGUAUUGCUGAGACGAAAACGAGUGAACCUAAAGUAGACUUAAUAACGCCAGAAGAAACUCCUGCAUCUAAAAAACCACUGGUGAAAAUGAACUUCCUCAACACAUACAAGAAAGACUUAGCUGAUAUGACAAGAGAUGAACUUGAACAAUUCUGCAUUUUAAAAAUAGUUGAAAGUGUCGUAGACCGAAGUAAUUUAAGUGAAAUGAAAUCGCAGUUUAAAGCUAUGGCGCAAAAUAUUGAAGAAUAUAAGAAAAAAGCUUCAGCACUUACAAAACAAAACCGAGACUUACAGGUUGUGUUAAAGUCAGUUCAAGAGGAACAGAAAAAAAAGUCGAAUAUGCCAAUAACUCCUUUGAAAAUAACAAGAUCUGUUGGUAUGCAGGUGCUAAUGACCGACAAAGUUGGCGUGCGAAAGAAAGCGCAAAAUCCUAAUACAGCUAAAAACAAUGCUGCUACUAACAGUGGACCCAAUCGGCAAGGAAAACCAGCACAAAAUAACAUAAGGCUUCAGAAAAUGCUAACAAAUACUACUCAUAAUUCACCAAUUCCUGUGCCCAGAUUAGUCCCGGCAGUUAACAACAGCAAUAUGAAAAUACAACCAUCCCCUGCAAACACUCCAGGAAAACCACAAGUCACAGGACCUGUCGUCAACAAAUCGCCAGUCACUAAUGUGUCCAAUGGUCUACCUGCAACGCCACUUCCAAAACCUGAAAAACGGCCACACAGUCGAAUGCAAAAUAAUGAUUCAUUAACAGUAGAUUUAACGGAUGAUGAGCCACCAGCCAAAGUAAUUUCACGUAAUGCUGCUCCACCAGUAAGAUUAGUGCCACCGCAGAAUUUGUUGGCACCGAACAGACAACCAUUCGGACAAAAUGUUAGUAGCCCUCGAAAGGUAUAUAUACCCAUUAGUGGCUCUCAAACUCCGGUGGGCGUCAGACCUGGACAGACUAUUAUGUUGAGAACAAUUUCUCCACAAGGUCCAAGGCAAAGGGUUCCUACACCUGGGAUUGCGAAACCAAAUCAAAAUCCUGGUGCCGUAAGAAUGCAGCGAGUCCCAAGUCGACAUCCGGCACCUUUACCAGAAUCGGUAAAGCAAUAUCAACCACAGAAUUGGAAAGCCUUGCCUCCGGCUCCCGAGCUCAAAUUGUCAAAAGUAGAAAAUGGAAUUGUAAUAUCGUGGAAGAUAGAUGGAUACCAAGAAGAUACCUAUGAAGAAAUUGCUAGUUAUCAAUUGUACGCUUACCAGGAGACUACGUCGCCUCCGAGUACUGCUCUAUGGAAAAAAAUUGGCGAUGUCAAAGCUUUGGCACUGCCUAUGGCAUGCACGUUGACACAGUUCAUGGCCGGAUAUAAAUACUACUUCGCAGUUAGAGCUGUCGAUAUCAGAUCUCGCUUAGGGCCUUUUAGCUUGCCUGGAAGUAUCCUGCUCUUAAAUAAAAUGUAAGACUGAAUUGUAAUUUUUUUUAAUAUAAGUUGCGUUUUCAAUGUCAUACAUUGUUAUUAUUUGUGUAGAAUUGAAUGUUAGAACUGAAUACUAUUAUUUUAAUUUAUUUAAACUAAACACGGUACAUGACUUACAAACAUUUCGCGAUUUAUAAUUUUAAAAAGAAAUGCUGUUUUUUUUAACUUAUUGUAAAUAGUUUCCCUAUUUAAUUCGACAAUCGCAUGUAAAUAUUACAAUUCACUGUUGUAUCUGAUAAUAGGUAGGUACCUAUCAUAAGUAGUGAAGUAAUAAAGAUUUUAAUACUAAGUUA